GCAACGGGGUGAGGGGCGUCGAUGAGAUGCUCCUGGUGCCUCCCUCCGAGUGGGAGGGGGAGAGGGGAGUCAGCGGCGAGCCGGACGGGGCGAGGGGCGUCGAUGAGAUGCCCCCGGCGCUUCCCUCCGGGCGGGAGGAGGAGAGGGGCGUUGGCGACGAGGCGGGUGUCGGCGGCGAGAUGGUCUCUGGCGGGUGUGAUGAGGCGGGCAGCUUAGGCGUGAAGCGUGCGUUCGUCGAGGUAUUCGCCGGGGCGCUCUUCUCUCCGACGGUGAUGCUCAACUACGGCCGCAGCUUGAUCGAGCCCGAGUUCCACUGGUGGGAUCGCAUCGACAAGGUUAAUGGAUCACCCUGGGAACGAUUUUGAGGGCAUUAUGCCAGCUACUUUGAUGGCAAUGGAUUAUGGAAUGGCAAACUAACAGGGCACAUCGCACAACUGGUAUAAAUGUGUUGAUAUGUUGCAUUUCAAGGCAGUUUCACUCAUAAAUACUACAAAGGUUUACAAAAUGUUCACACAGUAUUUGGUUCAUAUCACCAUUGUUUCAUGUUCGAUUGACUGGUGCGGUUCUCUU